GUCGAAGCGGCGUGUGUUAGCCGCUCUUCCUGCCGCGGGUCCGGGCUUUGCUUCCAUCAUGUCGGCCAUGCAGCUGCUCCGGGUGUUGGUGAACCAGCGGCUGACCGCGGCCGCAGAGGAGAUCCUGGAGGCGGUGAAGAAGACGGUGGAGGAGUACGAAGAGGAGCUGCUGGAGUCCAAACAGGAAAUACACAGGCAGCGCGAGCUCCUGCAGCAGAGGGGCACCACGGACCGGGACCGGGACCGGGACCAGGGUCAGGAUCUGCCUCAUCUAGCUCUGUCGGUCUGGGAUGAGGAGUUUUCCUCUGAGCAGCAGCAGGGCCAGGAAGACCCAGAACCUCCAGGGACCAGGAAGAGCAAAGAGGAGCCCAGCGUCCUCCAGGAGGAUGAGGUGGAGGUGAUUCAGGAGACGGAGGAAGGCAACACCAUCAGGAUCAUACUGAGGGCUCCGUAUUCGGAGGACCCUCUGGACGAUCAGAGCUCUAAAGCCGAGCCGGAUCCUCUGCCGAGCACUUCAGGUGAGCUGGAUCGGAUCAAGGAGGAGCUCAGUGACUCUUUCGGUUCUGCAGCCGAACACGACAGCGACGAGGAGUGGAGGGGCAGCGCCGGAUCUCAAAGCGACAGCGAUGAAAGCUGCCGCAGGCGCAAGAGGAGGAAGAGUUUACCUGUGGGUCCGAAGAGUUUACCUGUGGGUCCAAAAUUGCACCCGGCCAAAAAAAACAAAUCACGAUUCAGUUGUAAAGUCUGCGACAAAUCCUUCUACGCCAUCGUCUCCUUGGUGAACCACCUGGAGGUUCACCCGAAGGACGUCUGCGGCGUCUGCGGGCAACACUUCGAAGUUGUGGAGAAAUUCAACGCCCACGUAAAAACUCACAUUAAAGCUGACGUCUGCAGCGUUUGUGGGAAAUGUUUCAGCGGCUCCAGAGCUAUGGAGAUGCACAUGAGAGUCCACACGGGAGAGAAACCGUUCCUGUGCAACGACUGCGGGAAGUCCUUCAACUGUCGCCACAACAUGGUGCGACACAUCCGGAUCCACACGGGAGAGAAGCCGUAUACCUGCUCCGUCUGCGGGAAAAGCUUCAACGACUACACGACGUUGAAACGCCACCUGUUGACUCACAACAGAAAUAAGUCUUGCGCGCAGAACACGCCUGGAAAUGAAAAAGGCGAAGUGAAAGGCGAAGUGAAAGCCAAAGCUGCGGCGCAGGGAAAGCAUCAAACUCGGACUAUGUGUGAAGUGUGCGGGAAAAUGUUCCACUCCAUGGUUUCCCUGGUGAAUCACGCCAAAAAUCACGCCACAGACGUGUGUGGCGUUUGCGGGACGCACUUUGACUCUGAGGAAAAUUUAAAACUCCACCUGAAGACGCACAAAAACGGGAAGGUUUGCGACAUUUGCGGCAAGUGUUUCGACAGCCAGGGCAACUUGGAGAACCACAUGAGGAUCCACACGGGCGAGAAGCCGUUCUUGUGCAACGAGUGCGGGAAGUCGUUCAACUGUGGCCACAACAUGAGGCGACACAUGAGGACGCACACGGGCGAGAAGCCGUACCUCUGCAACUUGUGCGGCCGCUGCUUCAGCGAUCACACGACUCUGAAACAGCACAGGAGCACACACACCGGAGAGAAACCGCACAACUGCCACAUCUGCGGGAGGGGAUUCCACCGCAAGACGUACCUCACGCUGCACCUGCAGACCCACACCACGGGGAACUGACUCCGGUCGUCAACACGGCUUUUUGAUUUUAGGUGUGUGAACCAGAGGUGUCAAACAUGCGGCCCGUGGGCCAAAACCAGCACAUCAAAUACCACGUUUCCACUAUGUGGUACCGGCUCGACUCGGCCUUUUUGCGUUUCCAUUACAAAAAAGGA